UUUCUAUCGCAUCCAGUACCAGAUACUCCUCUAGACGGCGGGCCGAGUACACGGCCUGAAACACCGAGGGCUACCAGUUCUUCGAGGGAACUCCUCUGAGUGCUGCAGGAACAGUCUGUGAGGACACUAGGAAUGCAGCUGCAUCUCGCCACAGGAGCAAAGAUCUUCAGCAGCCACUGAAAACCUGAUCGGAAUGUAAUGUAAUUUUGCUUUCCCUGCGCUGUUGAUCUGAGGGUGAUCUUCUGACGGACCGACACCAUGGAUUGCUUGUUGAUCGCCAUCCUCCUGCUGCCUCUGGCUAAUGGAAUCCACCCAGAGUGCAUGAUUAGAAAAGAAAUGGAGCGAUGCCUCAACAAAUUAAGCGAAGACGACAAAACUGCAUUUGAUUGUCCAGGCAUGUGGGACAAUAUAACCUGCUGGCCGAAUGCAGAUUACGGAGACGUUAUAUCCGUCAACUGUCCAGGAUUCUUCCGCAUCAUUAACACCGAUGAUGGGAUCAUCUACCGAAACUGCACGGACGAGGGCUGGUCGGAAACCUUCCCCCAUUACUACGACGCAUGCGGAGUCGAUGAAAACAUCACGGAGAUCGAUGACCAGGAUCUGUACUAUGUGUCCAUGAAGGCUCUCUACACAGUUGGUUAUAGCACCUCCCUGGUUUCCCUUGCAAUAGCGAUGAUUAUACUCUGUCGCUUUAGAAAACUGCACUGUACUCGCAAUUACAUUCACAUGAAUUUAUUCGUCUCCUUUAUCCUCCGGGCGAUAUCGGUCUUUAUUAAAGACGCCAUCCUGUACUCUGAGGAUGAAGUCACUCACUGUUCCAUCACCACUGUCCAGUGCAAAGCGAUGAUGGUCUUCUUCCAUUAUUGCGUGAUGUCCAACUACUUCUGGCUGUUCGUUGAAGGGCUCUAUCUCUUCACCCUGCUUGUUGAGACCUUCUUCCCUGAGCGCAGAUACUUCUACUGGUACAUCCUGAUUGGUUGGGGCACGCCCACCAUCUGCGUGACCAUCUGGACCGUGCUGAGACUUCACUUUGAUGACUCUGGCUGCUGGGAAACGAAUGAGCACCGAGCCCUGUGGUGGGUCAUUAAAGGCCCAGUCAUCGCAUCGAUCAUGGUGAACUUCGUCCUGUUCAUUGGAAUCAUAUUUAUUCUGGUGCAGAAGCUCCAGUCACCUGACAUUGGAGGCAACGAGUCCAGCAUUUACUUCUGUGUGCAGAAAUGCUACUGUCAGCCUCAGAGAGUUAACCAGCAUGUGUGCAAGAUGUCAGAACUAUCCACCAUUACCCUGAGACUGGCCCGUUCAACACUCCUCCUGAUUCCGCUGUUUGGGAUUCACUACACGGUCUUUGCCUUUUACCCAGAAGAUGUCAAUACCAGGGAACGGCUGGUGUUUGAGCUGGGAUUGGGAUCCUUUCAGGGGUUUGUUGUGGCAGUUCUGUAUUGUUUCCUCAACGGGGAGGUACAGUCCGAGAUCAAGCGGAAGUGGAGGAGCUGGAAGGUAAACCGGUACUUUGCUGUUGACUUCAAGCACCGGCACCCGUCGCUGGCCAGCAGCGGGGCCAACGGGGGAACCCAGCUCUCCGUACUGAGCAAGAGCAGCUCGCAAAUCCGGAUGUCCAGCGUCAACGCCGAAAAUCUGGCCACGUGA